UAGGUCGACCGUUUAUGUGAUUUAUUUAGAGUAGACCAUAGAGUUACUGCUAAGCAACCAUACUGGUGACAUUUGAUUAUACACCCUGUCAAUCACAUGAGUUAUGAACGUUGAGGGCUGCCUUGUUUUGUAAUAUCGUUAUUAACUGUUAUUGAAUGUCAUUCUGGUAUUUUGUGUAGCAUGAAAUAACAUACAGUAACAUGUAUUUAUAUUUUGUCCUGUUUAUUCAUAUUAUAAGGCUGGUCAUAUUUGACAUAUUUUAUUAAGUAGAAGAAAAUAUUUCAAUCUUCAAUACUUGUCAGUUUCUGUGUUUAUUUAUCUGCCAGGAAGCAGUAUAACAAUAUAAUAUGUUGUUCAGAAUCGGAAGGCCCUAACUGAUUGGAAGGACAAAGGAGUAAGUUAAAGGUCACAGGUGAUUGGAUACAGUGGACCUCUCUGACAUCACCGCCAACAACGUACAUCAUGGAUCACACAUUUUCCCUUUCUCUCGGCAUUGUUACCCCUAAAGGUCUCUGUCUUAUCUAUGAUAGCUAUGGGGCGUGGAGGGGGGCUGUGGUCAUCUUAUGAAAGGCUUGGGGAACUAUAAAAGGGGUACUGUUCACAACAGACAACAAGCACCCUCAUACUGCACACAUCUAGCCAGAGUCCUUUGAUUGACUUCUUAGCAGUGUCUGUUUUUCUCCGUCACCAUGUGGAAGGCUGCGGUCGUCACUCUGGGUCUGCUGCUGGUGCUGGUGGGUGGGGUUAGACCCAACGAGGGGCCCCCCUCCUUCUACGGGGUGAAGCUGUGUGGCAGAGAGUUCAUCAGAGCGGUCAUCUUCACCUGUGGGGGAUCUCGCUGGAGGAGGAGCCUGGGGGAUUCUGCAGGUGUGAUGGGUGAGGAGGACCCCUGGGGUACGCCUCAGAUCGGCAGCGAGCAGCAGGCCUCAGAGACCCAGAUCUGGAAGGGGGAGACGCAGGACCCCGCCGCCACAGGCCUCAGCCGCUACGCCCGCUCGCCCGUCUCCGAGGAGGUGCUGGAGGCCCUGCGCAGCGCCGACCGGAAGGGGCGCGACGUGGUGGUGGGGCUGUCCAACGCCUGCUGCAAGUGGGGCUGCAGCAAGAGUGAGAUCAGCUCACUCUGCUGAGACCCCUCAUCUAGCCAAGCUUUUUACAAUACCUGGACCUAUACAUGGACCUCCCACUGCCCCAUACUCAGGCUAAUGGACCUCCCACUGCCCCAUACUCAGUCUACUGGUCCUCCCACUGCCCCAUACUCAGUCUACUGGUCCUCCCACUGCCCCAUACUCAGUCUACUGGUCCUCCCACUGCCCCAUACUCAGUCUACUGGUCCUCCCACUGCCCCAUACUCAGUCUACUGGUCCUCCCACUGCCCCAUACUCAGUCUACUGGUCCUCCCACUGCCCCAUACUCAGUCUAAUGGACCUCCCACUGCCCCAUACUCAGUCUAAUGGUUCUCAGAUUGUCUAAUUUGUCCCUGUCUCAUUCAUUUAUUAAAUCAUUGAGCCAGUCAAAGUUUGUUUUCUUCUCAUCGCUCUUGUGAUCUUCUGAAAAUGUUAUUGUCUGCGUUCACAAUAGAAACGUACAAUUGUUUAUCGGUAUGAAUAUUUAAUAAAGCUGUUUGAAGUUGG